AUGAGAGACAUCCAGGACAGGAUUCUCGGCGCCUUCUCGUACGAAAAGUACGUUGCAGGCCAGCGCUGCCGUGAGGGCAACUUGACUGAAGUGUACUUGCGGUACUUGUACGAGGAUAGGAACCUUGAACGGGAGGAUUAUGCUGACUUUAAGACCACCAUUAAGGAUGUGUUUGAUCGGGGCAUGUGUCUUAUUUCAAUUGACUUCGAGGCCCUUGAAGGCACUAAUAAGAUAACAGAGGUUGGGGUGUCUGUUUAUGAUCCGUGGAAUAGCAAGGGGGGACUCUUGCCUUUCAUUCAGCUGGUGCACGUUAUUAUCAGGGAGAACCAGCACUUGUACAACCGAAACUAUGUUCCUAACCACAAGGAGAACUUCAAUGGCGGCAGGAGCUUGGUGAUGGGCUUGCAGGAGGUGGCAGACUCGAUUCUGAAACUUAUUGCCCGGAACUCGUUCCAGGAGCUGCCUCCUGGUCUGGGUGUAUGUAUAGUGGGCCAUGGUUUGACGAACGACUUGAAAUGGCUCCAGCAGAUGGGUGUUGAUAUUGGCAAUGCUGACACUAUCGAUACUCAGGAGUUGCUCUGCUACACCCAUGGACACAAGAAAGCCAGCUUGGAGCACGCUCUUAGGCUCGUCAGACAGCCCUUUGCUUUCUUGCACAAUGCUGGAAACGACGCUUACUACACGUUGUUGCUUUGUCUCUGUUUAUCUGACCCUUUUUACAGAGUACAGAGUCAGAUUGACCAACCGGAGAGGAUGGAGUACUUCAAGUGUCGCCAGCCAAACCAGGACACGAAUGUAAGUCUGUUCUUCAAUGGAGACGAAUAUCAGUUUCAAAAGUACCUCACGAACCAGCCCAUCUAG